GGCCCGCACCUAGUUUCCGGGAGUGCCGCGUGGAGGGCUUCGGGUAGACCGCUUUGGACAUGGCGGAGGUUUCCGGUCCGGCCAAGCCGCUCCUGUCGCUGGACCCGCAGGAGCAGGCCAAGUUUCAGAAGAAGGUGGCGCAAGUCCGCCAACGCUCGACCCAGCAAGAAAAAAUUACUCCUGGAGUAGUGUAUGUGGGCCACAUACCUCGAGGACUUUUCGAACCCCAGCUCCAAGCAUAUUUCUCCCAGUUUGGCACUGUCACAAGACUCAGACUUUCCAGAAGUAAAAAGACUGGAAAUAGCAAAGGCUAUGCCUUUGUGGAGUUCGAGUCUGAUGAUGUUGCCAAGAUAGUUGCUGAAACAAUGAACAACUACCUUUUCGGUGAAAGGCUCUUGAAGUGUGAGUUUCUAGAAUCUGAAAAAGUACACGAAGAACUUUUCAAAGACUGGGAUGUUCCGUUUGCAAAGCCAUCACAUCCAGCAGUGAAACGGUAUAAUAAGAAACGGACACUUAUAGAAAAGCUACGGAUGGAGAAACGAUUUAAAAACAAAGAAAAAUUACUCAGGAAGAAAUUAGCUCAAAAAGGAAUAAAAUACGAUUUUCCUUCAUUGAUUUUACGGAAAGAGAAAAAAAGAAAUGCUUCAAACACUGUUCUUCAGAAGUCUACGAAUAGCCAGGUUUUCCCAGACAAGAAGAAACAAAAGGUUUCAGGAAAUCCUACCACUCCUAAGAGCACUGGAGAUAGCCAGGGCCCCACACCAGUUUGUACACCAACGUUUUUGGAGAGACGAAAAUCUGAAGUGACUGAAAUGAAUGAUAAUGAUGAAGAUAAUGAAAUAGUUUUCAAAGAGCCCAUAUCUGGUGCAAAAGAAGAAAAACAAGAGACUCAAACACCACCUGCACGUUCAGGGAAAAAAAGACGAAGGAAAAGCAAACAGUGAUUUUGAAUGUAUUAUGCAUAAUGUUUCUUCUGACAAAUGUGAUUUUGUUAUUAGGGCUAAUUCUUUAAACUUGACUAGGUGCAAUGAAGUGCAUCUGUUGGCGAGAUUUUCAGAAGAAAAACAUACUCCUGGUUCAAGUAAAUAAACACAGUCAGUGACAUUGGCUUGCCAAUACAAGGACACAUACCAACUGGCAGCAGCUCCACCCACGUGGCCUUUUUGUCCUGUUGGAUGUCUCGGUUUUCUUUGCAGGUUUCAUAAUUGGCAGGUUUAAGUAUAAACUGUAGCCUUUGUUGUAAACAAAUAAACACCACCAGUCUUGCUUUCCGCUACAUAGUUCUCUGUGUUGGGCAUUGUACAUUGAUUCAAUAAGAAUUCAGCAUCAAAUGGUUGAAAUUGAAAGUUAAACUGCUGAGUGAGAACAUGAAAUAUAGUCCAAGUGUAAACGCAGAUUCGUUUAUGUGUAUAUGACUCAUUUUUACCAGUAAUGUUAAAUUAGUCUUUGAUGGGCUAGCAUGAAUUAAUAACUAACAUUUUGUAUCUGUUAGUGUGGAAUUAUAUUCCAAAAUUCAAACAGUGACCAGCAAAAACACAUCUAUAAUUCAUUUGUAUGUAAGUGGGACUUGGGAGUCUUGAAAUAAAAUAGUUUUUCGCCUUCUCAACUACUUUGAAAAGUUUCUGGUGCCCUUGAAAUGUGUUUUUUUAUAUGGUAAUCUGAAUUCAUGAAGUCAUCCAUUGCCAUCAGGGAUGUUUUCCAGCCAAUGUUUGUUAAAUCUUUUAACACUGAACAAGGUGUUCUGGUGCAAAAUGCAAAACAGAAUUGGUUUUAACUGUAUAUAAAGAGCAGAUUAUACCAUUAGAGAAGUACCUGACACACAGAAGAUGCUCAGUAUAUAUUUAUUGAAUGAUUCAAUAACAGAAUUGCCUCCCUUUUCAAACCAUCUCUGAACUGUGGAUCCAGUCAUCCCUCUGGUUGUCCCCUCUAGGAGAGCAUUAGAUGAACUUAAACACAUGGGCGUAAGUCUGACUUGUUUAAUCUCCCCAAGGAGCAUGUGCACUCAAACAUAUUUCCAGUGUAGGAAUAUUUUUCCCCAUCCCAACCUGCCACGAAAACUUCCUUCCAAAAGUAUGGUAUCUUCAUCAUCUCUUAAAGAAGUGUAAAGAAAUUCAGACUAUAGGAGAAACUCGGGCCAGGGUCUGGCAUGAAAGCCUCUCAGUGAAUAAAAUUUUGCAAUAAUAAGGAGCAAUGUGUUCGAGUAAGUGAAAAGGGUAAAAUUCAAAAUUGUACAAUCAUUAUGGCCACAAAUAUGU